AUGGAUGCCAGACAUAAACUGGUCGGAGACAUGGACAUCGGUCGAAUAGUGGUCAAACCAGACAAAAUGCGGAAAGGUCGGACAACCCAGAUAGCACAAUAUCACUGGACCAGACACGAGACUGAGAUGUCGUCUGUCGAACACUUGAGAAACAAGACAGUCGGGGCACAAAUGAUGGAAUCCAGUGGCCAAACGCUCACUCUUUCAUGCCUAUCGAGGGAUAGCGAGACAGUGAAUGUCCGAAUGUGGGAUAGAGUGGGAGGGGGAGGGGGGGGGGGGGGGUUGGGUGGGUUGGGGUUGGGGGGGGGGUGGCUAUAUCGGGGGGGUGGGGGGGGGGGGGGGGGGGGGGGGAGGGGGGGGGGGGGGGGGGGGGGGGGGGGGGGGGGGAUCCUCCUUCUAAUCUCAUAUAGGCACACACUUGGGGAGGCUAGGCGGGGGGGGACUAAAAUUCGAGAGUGUGUGUAG